AGUUGAGACAACUCUGGCUCUUGAAUACAUAAUUACUUAGAUUUUUUUUGUGAUUAUCACUCAUCUAAUAAACCUUACAGUCAGCAGUUUCUUGAUUUCCUGAACAGCGUGAUUCAUCAUGAAGCUGGAGAUGCCAAAGAAUUUUGAAGAUGUUGCUGUUGAGUUUUCAAGUGAGGAGUGGAAGAUGCUGAGUGAACAGGACAAAGAGUUAUACCGGGAGGUGAUGGUACAGAACUAUAAGAACAUGAUUUCUUUAGGUUACAAUGUCCCAUUGUAUGAACUUCUGUUACUUCUUAAGAAAGAUAAAACCAUUCCAGCUGCUGAGACUGAAGGAAGAACAACAGUGCAACAAACACAACUUCCUAGUAACAGAACCAGCAUCACCAGGAAUGGAAAAUUCAGUGUCAUUCAGGGUCUGCGGUCAUCCCAUGGGAAACUCUGGGAUGCACAAUGUAACAGAGCUCAGUCUGAUGAGAUGCUUAUCACAAGGCAAGACCCACUGAAGACGGAAGCUAGACAUGAUAACUGUAGGCAAAGUAAAGAAGACUUUGUCAUAAAAACUGAAUUUCAAAAGCAUCUGCAAACUGAAGCAGAGGAAAUGCCGUGCAGCUGGCUUAACCAUAGCAACACUGGAACAUUUUAUAGCAACAAUGUAACUGAUCAUCUACGUGACAGUGGGGAAAGGCAAAAGAAUACCCCCCCAACACAUAAACAAGCACUCAUUAGGCAGGAUUUGCAUGAAGGUAUUAUGAAUGCCAAAGGUUUUACAGAUGGAAAAAACUUAGCACUGCAGAAGAUCACUCGUACUGGUCAGAAUCAGAAGGUCCAUACAGGGCAGAAAUCAUACAAAUGUACCACGUGUGACAAGAGUUUUGUAUACAGAGGCAGAAUGCUGAAUCAUCAGACACACUGUGGGCAGAAAUCAUAUAAAUGUACCACAUGUGACAAGAGUUUUAUGAGGAAGAACCAACUGACACAUCAUCAGAAGAUGCAUUCAGAGCAGGAAUCAUACAAAUGUGCUGCAUGUGAUAAGAGUUUUAUAUACAAAAGCAAGAUGUUGAAUCAUCAGAUACACUGUGGGCAGCAACCAUAUAAAUGUACCAAGUGUGGCAAAAAUUUUGUAGAAAAAAACAGUAUGACAAUUCAUCAGAUGCUCCACAGUGGGGAGAAACCAUAUAAAUGCACCAUGUGUGACAAGAGUUUUGUACACAAAGGCAGUAUGAUGAUUCAUCAGAGGAUCCACAGUGGGCAAAAGAAAUAUAAAUGUACCAUGUGUGACAAGAGUUUUGUACACAAACACAGUAUGAUGAUUCAUCAGAGGGUCCACAGUGGGCAGAGACCAUAUAAAUGCACCAUGUGUGACAAGAGUUUUACAAGUAAGAAUUGUUUGAUGAUACAUAACCGUAUCCACAGUGGGCAGAAACCAUAUAAAUGUACCAUUUGUGACAAGACUUUUCGACACAACAGCAAUGUGAAAAGUCAUCAGAGGCUGCAUAGUGGGCAGAAGCCAUAUAAAUGCACCAUGUGUGACAAGAGUUUUGCAGCCAAGAAAUACUUGGUGAUACAUAACUAUACCCACACUGGGCAGAAGCCAUAUAAAUGCACCAUGUGUGAUAAGAGUUUUGUACAAAAAAGCAGUAUGACAAUUCAUCAGAGGCUUCACAAUGGACAGCAGUCCACAAAAACAAAAAAAAUUGAUUGGCCAGAGAAGAGCCAUAAAGACGACAGAGUUGCAUCACUCUAUAAAAAAGAUGAUAUUAAGUGUUGGAGAUGUGACUUGACACCUGAAGCAAAUUGGUUUCAUAUGAGUAUUAACAGCAAGUUGGUUAAAGCUUUUGGAUUGAUUUUAGAUAUUUUUGCAAAGCUUUGUGGAAUGAGAAUUGUAUUAUAA